CAUCAUGUCGUUAUAAGCGGCACUAAAUUGAUUAACAAGCAACCCCGCGAUGAUAUCAUCUUACAGCUCCCCACUCCUCACUCAACCCCUCCAUUAACGCCCCGGCCAUGGCAACGGUCGAUGAGGCGGAGGCGCCACAGCCUAGGAAGAUUGUCAUUGAUCUACCAACUGCAGAUGGUACAUCCCAAGCUACCGUCACUCUACAAGAAAAUGAAGAUGCCACCAAACCACCCCUGCUCCUCGACAUCACCAAACGAGCUCUCGACUCACCAGAUACAAACACACCACUUCCCCAACGCGAAACCCACGUUAUCAUCUCCGUAGGAUCUGGUGCCCGCCAGGCAGAAAGCUUUUUCAACAGCCUAGUCAAACCGGUUCUAACCGCCAUCCAUGGCGAAGAUGGUGUAUCCAAGGUCAAAGUCCACACAACGACCUCAGCAACCAGCAUCUCAGACUAUACAAGCAGCAUCUUCUUUCCCGCUGCAAACAGCGGAACCUCUCUCCGCAUCCUCCUCCUCUCAGGCGACGGCGGCAUAGUCGAUCUAGUAAACGGUCUCCUCUCCCCUCCUCACCACACCACCUACACCUCCCCACAAGUUGUCCUCCUCCCCCUCGGCACCGCAAAUGCCCUCUACCACUCCAUCAACACCGGCAGUGAGUCCUCAACCUGGGGCCUCGCCGCCCUUGCAUCCCCGCACUCCGCGCCCCUCCCCGUCUUCACAGCAAUCUUCUCCCCAGGCGCCCGCCUCCUCGUCGACGAAGCCCGCUCCGAAGAAGCACUUCCAAAAAAUGAAAAGGGAGAGGGCAUCCUCCACGGCGCAGUCGUAGCAAGCUGGGGCAUGCACGCCUCGCUCGUCGCAGACAGCGACACCGCGCACUACCGCCAAUACGGCGUCGAGCGCUUCCGAAUGGCCGCGAAGGAAGCUUUGUAUCCUGCUGACGGCGGUCCGCCGCACGCCUACAAGGCACACCUCUACCUGCUUUGGCUACAGAAUGGGGAGGAAUGGACCCCGCUAGAGACAACGGAGCACAUGUACGUCUUGGCGACCCUAGUCUCGCAUCUCGAACGCCCGUUUUGCAUCUCCCCUGCCUCGGCGCCACUAGAUGGGAGCGUGAGGCUUGUGCAUUUCGGCCCGAAGAGUGCAGAUGAGGCCAUGCGGAUUAUGGGGUUGGCGUAUCAAGGGGGCAAGCACGUCCACGAGGCGGGGGUGAGGUAUGAAAGUAUUGAUGGGUUGCGGAUUCGGUUCGAGGGGCUGGAGGAGGAUGCGAGGUGGAGGCGCAUAUGUGUGGAUGGAAAGAUUGUGAGGGUUGAGAAGGAGGGAUGGGUGGAGGUGAGAAAGGAUGAUAAACGUGCGUUGGAUGUUGUUGUCGUUGCGUGAAGCGGGUUACAUUGCGAAUGGUUUUUGUCAAGAGAUCUUUUUUUUCAUUACAAGAAAAUUCCAUUAUGUUUGCUGCAAAGCUCGAAGGCGGGGAUAUCUAAAAUAAAAAAAAACCCGCAAUUUGUAUGUUCAUAAA